UUCCCUUGUCUCGUAUUGAAUUGAAUUGGCAUCACUUGUGUUGCGAUAAACAGAGCGUGUGUUGUGGUCGGGAGCAAUGGAAGACGCCGGCGGGAAGAUUGUGAAGUCCGGCCAGGUGUCGCGUAAGGUGGUUGACGUGGCUGCGGGGGAAGCACACACUCUCCUUCUUACUGGGGAUGGCAGUGUUUACUGUUGGGGCAAGGGAAUGUUUGGACGGCUCGGGACUGGGGCAGAAAAGGACGAGCUUUUACCAGUACAACUCAACUUUGGAUACCCAAAUCCAAACGGAACAGAAGGCACUUUCAAAAUAGUGGGAAUUGCUGCCGGUGCUUAUCACAGUCUUGCUCUAGCAGAAGACGGAGCUGUUUGGUGUUGGGGUUACAAUUUCUAUGGUCAACUUGGUAUAAAUGGAGAGGAAUCACAUGACAAUGAAUAUGCUGUUGGAGACAAUUCUCUAGUGCCCCGCAUACUGAACAAGUUUCUUGAAUUGCAUCCCCCUGAUUCUUCUUCAUCGGGUGUGUCUGAAGCAGAAAGUAAAACACCACUUAAGAUAUGUGCUGUCAAAGCUGGAGGAAUGAUGUCUCUAGCUAUUGAUAACCAUGGGACCCUGUGGAUGUGGGGAAACUGCCCACGACAAAGCAAAGAAGGUGGGUUAGCACUUGUAAGCAGUUUCACUCCAACUCCAGUUUGGGAUUUUCAGGGCCACACUGUUGUCAAGGUUGCAUGUGGAAAUGAGCAUGUUGUAGCUCUGGUUAGUGCUGGAGAGACAUACAAUGGUGAAGAUCUAGUGUGCUACUCUUGGGGUUAUAACAGCCGUGGCCAAUUAGGCUUGGGGGAUCGAGAGAGCAGACUGCAUCCGGAAGUUGUUAGAACAUUUGACGAGGAGUCCCCUUAUGAGGUAGCAUGUGGUGCCUUUCACACUGCUUUGCUCACUCGUAAAAAGAAACCUAGUGACACAGUAGAAAGCACAUGCUGGACCUUUGGCCUUGGGGAUAAUGGCCAGCUUGGGCAUGGAACUACACAAAGCACAUUAUUUCCUACACCUGUUAAAGAAUUGCCACAAAAUGUAUCACUUAUCUGUGUUGACUGUGGUUUGUUUCAUACUAGUGUUGUUUCCUCAGAUGGGGAUGUGUGGUCAUGGGGAAUGGAGAAGGGCCUUGGCUUAUGCCCUGAUGCUAGUCGUGCUGGAACAGAUUCGGGCGAUGCCCUCUCUCCCCGUCUCAUGUCAUGCCAGCCCCAUCAACUUAAAUUUCCAGAUCCAGUUAAAGUUGCAUGUGGGGCCGCACAUACUGUUAUUGUUGCACGAAAGGGAUAUAGAAUGUGGUCUUGGGGUAGGGGAAGGAGUGGAGUUCUUGGAGAUGGUAAAGGGUUUGAUUGUUACACUCCUACAGCUGUGCUAUGGCCUUCUACAAUGGAGGAUUCUGAGGAAGAGGAAGUAAAAAGCUCCGGUGAGCAAGAUAAGGCUAGAGAAAAGGAGACUGGAUUGACAACAGAAACAGAAGAGAAAUUAUCUUCAGCAUUGAAUGAGCUGAAGCUGCUUCAAACAAAGCUAUCUAUAAUGGAAAAAUAUGCUAGUAUACUUCAUGGUUCUAUUUUUGGAAAACCUUUUGAUGAACAAGAUAUCCCUGUUUCAUUGCGGAAUUCAGGUUCAUUUGACAUUGCAAAAGAAUGGGAGAGUAUGUUGGAGGCAGCAGAUCAAAGGAAGCUGAUUAGGUUGGAAAUGUUUUACCGUGACAUGCUUACUGGAGUGAAAGAUGAACUAAUGAAGAGAAGGAUCAAGGAAAUUGUACAAGAGUGUCUCCAAUCUUCAGAGGUGAAAAAAUAGUAUGUAUAAAUAAAAACAAAAUGCAUCCCAUUCCGAACAAAAGGAUCUCGGAUAAAAACCAACGAGCUAUUUGAUCAUUCCAUUUUGCACCA